AUGAUUCGCCUUGGCAGCAUCUGUCUCCUUGCGCUGGUGUGCAGUGCUGCUACGGAAUGGCUUGAUCCUACUUGUGUCUUUCUCCCCAGUUCCACGGAAGAAGUGUCAGAGGCCGUUUCCAUAUUGUAUAAACAUAAUUGCCCCUUCGCCAUCCGCGGCGGUAGUCACAGUGCCAUUCGGGGAGCGGCUAAUAUCGACGACGGCAUUCUCAUAAGCAUGAGGAACUAUGGGUCUGGUAACAUAAUAGGUCAGGUCUAUAAAGCCAUUGAACCCGUCGGAACCGGCCUAGCCCUUACAGGCGGCUUCUCAUACUUUGCCAACGAGCGCGGUUUAGACGUUGAUAACGUGGCCGGCUAUCGGGUAGUACUCUGUAACGGCACCAUCGUGGAGGCUAACCCGUCUAUCAAUCCCGAUCUGUACUGGGCGCUAAAGGGGGGUUCAAAUAAUUUUGGCCUCAAGGGUUUAUGCGGCGGCCGGGUGACAUUUCCGCCGCACACACUGGAUACUCUGAAGGACCAGUACCAAGUUAAGACUUCCGUCGAGACCCCCGAUAUUCAUAUUUUGCCCGCCUAUAUCUACGACGGUACUUUGAACACUACAUACGGCUUCUCUCCGAUCGUGUAUAACCAAGAGGCAGUUGCCUUGCCGCGAGCUCUGCAGCCGUGGCUUGACGUGGAGCAUUCGGACUCAACGAUUAAGUACAGGACAUACCAUGACUUGGCUACAGAACUUGUGGCGGGGUUUCCUGACGGUCUCAAGGUCAAUUUCCUUCUUGACAGGUUUUCCCAAUUCUAUUCCAGCUUCUCGCACAUCGAGGGACUUUUUGGCCUGCAUACUGUUAUGCCCAUUCCCCCAAGCGCCAUCGAGAAAGCUGGAAAGAACAAUCCUGUUGGUCUUGACCGGGCGAGACCAGGCGAAAACCUGACAGUAUUCUACCUCGGGUUGCAGUUCUUGCAGUUCGACAACGAGAGUGACAUUGACGAGGUAUUCCCAGCAUGGGACGUCUUCAUUCGUACUCUUCAGGUGGAGGCUAAGAGUCGGGAUGUUCUCUUCCCCCACAUGUAUGUGAAACUAGAUUGCAAGCAGCUAUUGCAUGAUGCAUCCUACGGCAAAGAAAAUGUGAGACGGCUGCACGAGAUCCAAGAAAAAUACAACCCUAGCUUGGUCUUCCAACGUCUUGUUACAGCAUAA